GCUUUGGGGCGGAGCGCGCUCUAUGGCCGCGCGGGGCCGCUCUGGGCGUUGGGGCGGAGCGCGCUCUAUGACCGUGCGGGGCCGCUCGCUCAGUGCGGUGCGGCCGCGGGCCGGGUGGGAGCGGAGAUGGAGAAACCGCGGCGGGCGGUGGUGGUGACGGGGUUCGGUCCCUUUGGGGAGCACGCCGUCAACGCCAGCUGGAUCGCGGUCCAGGAGCUGGAGAAGCUCGGGCUGCGAGAUGGCGUGGACCUGCAUGUCUAUGAAGUCCCAGUGGAAUACCAGACAGUGCAAAGACUCAUCCCUGCCUUGUGGAAGAAGCACAGUCCACAACUGGUGGUGCAUGUAGGUGUGUCGGGUAUGGCCACCACUGUCACUCUGGAGAAGUGUGGCCAUAAUGUGGGUUAUAAGGGCUUAGACAACUGCCGUUUCUGCCCAGGCUCCCAGUGCUGCGUCGAAGGCGGCCCAGAGUGCAUCGAUUCCAUCAUCGACAUGGACGCGGUUUGCAGGAGGGUCUCAGCACUGGGGCUGGAUGUCACGGUCACCAUCUCUAAGGACGCCGGCAGGUACCUGUGUGACUUCACUUACUACACUUCCUUGUACCAGAGCUGCGGGAGGUCGGCUUUUGUUCAUGUGCCCCCAUUGGGAAAGCCCUACAGCGCGGAGCAGCUGGGCCGGGCGCUGCAGGCCAUCAUAGAGGAAAUGCUGGAUGUUCUGGAGCAUUCCGAAGACAAAAUCAAUUGCCAGCACGAACACUGAGAGCGGGCAGGAGCUGUCCUGGUAUUGCACUUCCUCAACUUCUCCCCUGCUGCCGAAGCGCGGGGGGGAACGGUCUGACACGGACAGAGCGAGAAUCAGAGACAGAAAAAACCCCGCUUCCAGAAAUUGACUUUUUUUUGUUUUGUUUUUU